AUGAAGUCUACCAUCUUCUCUCUCGCCCUUGUUGCCACGGCAAGUGCACUUCCAGGUCCGGCAUUCAGGACCGUCAACAGACUGCCUAGCGUCAAGUCCAACCCUCUUCGUCGCGCCAACCAAAUCAUUCCCGUAAUCGUCGGUGGCCCACAAGAUACCUUCAUCCCCAACACCGUUACUGCAGCAGUCGGCGAUAUCAUCCAGUUCCAGUUUUCCAACGGCAACCACACCGUCACGCAGUCGACGGCCGAUACAGCAUGCACGCCCAUGGAAGGCGGUAUCCACAGCGGUCACAUUCCCUUCCAGGACGGCCAGACAGAUGUUGGAACCUUCAACAUGCCUGUUACUAGUGCCGACCCCAUGUUUCUGUACUGUGCUACCGGACCACAUUGCCAGGAGGGCCAGGUCAUGAUGGUCAACCCUGCGAAUGCGCAGCAAUUGGCCGACUAUGUUAAAUUGAGCCAGCAGAGUCAAUCGAGCACUGACGGCACUGAUGUUGUGGGUGGAACUGCCGGGAAGCUGGCUUUGGAUACUGCUGCCUUCGUGCCUGCACCUCCCGAGGACCCAGCUGCGGCACCCCCUGCGGCACCCCCUGCUGCCGAAGCACCUCCUGCCGAGACGCCUGCUGCCGAAGCACCAGCAGAGACGCCACCUGCCGAGACGCCACCUGCUGAGACCCCAGCGGCAGAGGCACCAGCAGCGGAAGCUCCCGCUGAAGCACCACCCGCUGAAGAGACUCCCGCGGCAGAAGACCCAGCUGCAGCUCCUGUUGAGACCACUACUACUCCUGCUGAGACCACUGCUGCCAUGGCUUGA